AUGAUUAAAACAAACCUGGCUGGUCAAGACAAUCGUACGUUGUUUGGCACCGAUACAGCUCGGCCGUCGUUGAAUCUGACCGUGAUGGGCAACGAAGCUCAACGAGGCGCCUUGAUAGCGGCAGGCGUGCACACUCCUGAGACGCUCCAGGCGCUGCUCCACGGAUCUCGAACGACAGAUCUUAUGAUGGUACUUCAAACACUACGAACUCAGUCAUCCGGCACCAGUGUUGACACGUUUGAGUCCUUGCUUCACAACGACCCGGCCAACCGUACUGCUGGCAUCGCCCGAAGGAUUUAG